GUGUAAUCUGGGAAACAUGUGACAUUUAGAUAUAAAUACAACCUCAAAUAUCACGUGAAUACAAAAACUUUCAAGAAGAAACAUGCCUGAUAUUUUUUGCAUUUUGUGUCCAUGAAUGUAAUGUGACAUUUACAACUGCCAUUUUCUCUUUUGCACACGCCCAGCUCAUACGUCACAUGCAGUGGGCGUGGCUUGCCUUCGUGGAUAAGUCGCAACGGCUGCGUGGCUUACACGAACAUCGGGCGUUAAUGUGAAGGGCGGCUGGCAGUUUACUGCGAGUAAUAUUAAAAAGUGACUCCCGCGACACUAACGAUAGUUGUUUUGUGUCACACACUCGUGCUCUUUGGAUAAUUUUAACGGUAACUUUCGACGAGCGCCAUGGCCGAGGAAGUGAAGGUAUCCAACGGGGAGCUGCAUCUCGACGAGCCCCCCGCCAGCGACGGGAACCAGGGCAACCGGGAGCCGCUGUCCCGGCGGGUGAAGAGGAUAGUGAUGGCCAACCUGCUGGUGAUCCUCACCGUGGCCGGGGUCAUCGUCGGUAUUUUUAUUGGACUUGGCGUGCGCAACGUGGAGCUGACCAGGACCCAGAUAAUCUACGUGGGUUUCCCCGGCGAGCUGCUCAUCCGGCUGCUGAAGAUGAUCAUCAUCCCGCUGGUGGUGUGCAGUCUGGUGUCCGGGUCCGCCAGCAUCGACCCGAAAGCCCUGGGCAAGCUCGGCGGCUGGGCGAUGCUCUUCUUCCUGGUCACCACGUUAAUUGCCUCGUCCAUCGGGGUGGUGAUGGCUCUCAUCAUAGCUCCGGGGUCGGGGUCGAUCGCCAAACCCCAGGUGCAAGGCAUGGGCGACGACGUGCCAGUGGCUAAAGAAGUGUUAGACUCCUUCUUGGAUUUGAUCAGAAACCUAUUUCCCUCCAACCUGGUGUCUGCUGCCUUUCAAUCGUAUUCGACCAGCUACAAGCUGGUGUCCAGGAAUGGCACCGAUGGAAACCUCAAUUUCACAGUGGAGAAGGUGCCCUUCGGAAUAGACCAGGAUGGCAUGAAUAUUCUCGGCCUGGUCAUGUUUGCCAUCGUGUUCGGCGUGGCUCUCAGGAAGCUGGGCGGAGGAGAGAUCCUCAUCAAGUUCUUCAACUCCUUCAACGAGGCCACCAUGGUGCUGGUGUCUUGGAUCAUGUGGUACGCUCCCAUCGGUAUCAUGUUCCUCGUAGCGGGCAAGAUUGUUGAAAUGGAGGAAGUCGGCAAACUAUUUGCCAGUCUGGGAAAAUAUAUCGCCUGCUGUGUGAUCGGACAUGCCAUCCACGGCCUCCUCGUGCUGCCCGCCAUCUACUUCAUCUUCACGAGGAAGAACCCGUACACCUUCCUCUGGGGGAUAUUUACCGCUCUGGCAACCGCCUUCGGAACAAGCUCCAGCUCCGCCACUCUGCCCCUGAUGAUGAAGUGCGUGGAGGAAAAUAACGGCGUGUCCAAGCACAUCAGCCGCUUCAUCCUGCCCAUCGGAGCGACGGUCAACAUGGACGGAGCGGCGCUCUUCCAGUGCGUGGCCGCGGUCUUCAUCGCUCAGCUGAACAACACGUCCCUGAACUUCAUCCAAAUCAUCACCAUCCUUGUGACGGCGACGGCGUCGAGUGUCGGCGCUGCGGGUAUCCCUGCUGGUGGCGUGUUGACCUUGGCCAUCAUCCUGGAGGCGGUGGGACUGCCCACCAAGGACAUCUCUCUCAUCCUGGCCGUCGACUGGCUUGUUGACCGCACAUGCACGGUGCUGAAUGUCGAGGGCGACGCCUUCGGUGCCGGCCUCUUGCAGAACUUUGUGGACCGCACGGCCAAACGAGAGGCGGCGGCAGCGGAGCUGACCGAGGUCCGGCUGGAGGGCGGCGCGGUGGCCGCCGACCCCGAGCACUCGCCGCUCAUCGAGAAGCCAGCCGAGAGCGACGGCGGCAAGAAGUCUCAGUCCGGGGAAACCGAGUCUGCCAUGUGACUCCAGCUGCUGACGACACGCCGGCUUAUUUUUUUUUACAUCCCUGCAAAAGAAACCAAACUCGUGCUUUUUCCUUUUUUUUUUCCUGCCCUGGAGAAAAGAGGAUGGCCGGUACAUUACUAUGCAAUGAAAAGCUCUAUUUCCUCGACUCUACUCUGGGCAGAGCACAAAAAAGUCAGGGGUGGAGGGGCUUCCGAAUCUAUUCACGCAAUGACUUUUUCUUUUCUUUGUGAGGCACGGUGGACAUUAGUCUGGCUACUAAUGGUUCAUUUGCGCAAUCCUCAAUUUUUUUAAGUCCGAAUUUGUGACCAAGUUGUAGCGAUUAGGUGCUCGCCAAUAUAUAUAAUAACUAAACCCACUGGGAUGUCGGGAGGCUGGACCAGUGGCCAUCUGCCAUUACCUCAUUUUACGAAUGGAAGAAACAUUACGUUACUUUAUGAUGGUAUUUACUUCUUUUGACCUCUUAGCCCCCCCCCCCCCCCCCCCAGCACCAAUUUUUAAACAACUGGUCAAUUUUCUAGUGUAUCACAUGAAAAUGUUUGAACUUCUCCAUCUGGAAUCCACUAUCUCUUCUUUUAAACAUUUUUGUUGGUCAUUUUUUUUCCGUUCGUGUUAAAUUGUAAUCUUCCCAAACUGAAUUAUUGUUUUUUUUGUGUAUUUGUUGUGAAAUGUAUCAUCUUCAUGUCUUUUUUUGUUGUUGCUCGGUGUAUUUUAUGAUACAUGAUGAUGGCCACUUCCAUGCAGCUUGUGUCAAACAUAUUUAAACUAUUUAUCUUGUAUUUGAUUGGUGAAGCAUAUGGAACACUAGUUUAAAUAUAUUCCAUACUCUGCAUCUAAAUGUCUGUAUGAAAAAAGGCAAAAACAUUUGUUCUUAUAUUCACACUAACUUCCCAGAGCUAAAUUUUUUUAUAUUUUUUAUAUGAAGGACUCAAACAUGCUUGGACACCGAUUGACCUCCUGACCUUUUUUUCUACUGGACAUCAGUGCAAUAGAAGGCGACACAACCUCGACUUGAACCAUGGUUUGAUGACUGUCCUUUUUAAUACCCUCGAGACCAAAAAUCUCACCGACUCAGCAAAAACCCAAAAAGGUCGGAGACCGUAAAACUCCCGCUCAAAUUGAAUGACAUUUCCAAGGAGAUAUGCCAUUUGUUGAUCUCCAGCGUACGUCACACAUGGGCCACAAAGCACAGUCUGUAACGAGGACCUUUUGUUUGUUGUGUAGAAUGACUGUUGUCCUUCCACGACAACGCUUCAUGACAUAGCGGUGAGAAUCCCUGAAGGAUUUAAUAGGAUGUCAACCUAUUUAUGUGACCAGAAAUGCUGGUUUGGGGCUGUAGUCCUCUGUUGUUUGUCAUUGGUGAUGCUUAAGACAAUGAUUUUGUUCAAUUCAUAUUUAUUGCCAGGAAUCCUAAGAAAUUUAAAUAAUGUUUGGACAUGUUAACACCCAUUUUUUUUUUUUUAGGGUUUUGUAGGUGAACUUCCGAGUUGCCCAAUUGAAUGUCAUCUAUUCCAUCUUUGACGGUUUAAAGCUCGACCAAAUGGCUGUUUAUGCUCCCAAUGUUGGAAACCAGUUCUCUACUCUUAUCUUUUUACGUUACUCCUCGUCUGUGAUGGCGAUCUAAUCAUCCCGAGUCUUCUUCAUAUCUACAGUCUUAUGUCAUCAGGGUGCAACAGUAUUGACCGUUGCCUCAAACCAGAGAUUGUGCUUCAGUUUCCACUUUUUUUUUUUUUUUGGGAUGUUGUUAAUCAUCCGAGAUUUUUUUCUUCUUCUCUCCACCAUCUGUCAGUUUGUCUGGUUGGAGCAGUGAAUUUGUGUCGUGUUUGUGCGCACAUGUUAGUUUUAAUGAUAUUACAGUCGGGCGUUGUUUAAAAAAAAGAACACGAGCCAGGUUAGUCUGAAUGUACUGUUCUUAGUGGUUAACAAAUAAAAACUUGUUAUUUUA